CAGUCCCCGUGUCGUUUCUGAACCAAUCGGUCCCGUAACAAGUUCCUAUUAUUUUUUAUUGAAAUGAAAUAUUUAAUUUUUAUGAUUUUGGCAGUGGCAGCAACCCAGGCGAAGUUCUUCAUGCCACUCAACAGCCUUUCUGAUGCAUUGGAGAGAAAUGAAGUUGACGAUGCACCCUUGCCCCAGGCAGCCAUGCUGUCAGAGAAUCUAUACAUCCCAAUGGCACGACUGGUGACAUGCGACAACAACAGGUGCCAGGCCGCCUGCCGGAUCCUCGGCUACAACCACGGUCAUUGCGUCAGUGACACGACGUGUAGAUGCUACAACUAGAACCACAACGUUGGCACCACUGGAUUGAUGCGGUGUAGGGCCAGUCCCGCAUAUAACUUUACUGCCCGAAGUAUCUACUUAUGUACUUAGUUAUGACUUUUUUCCAAUAUAAUGUAAUUGUUCGUAUAAAGACUAUAAAUGAUAAAACUU